CUGGACGGAGCCCGGGAGCUCUUCCUGAAGCUGAUGGGCGGGGCCUUCCCCUGGUUCGACGCCCGGGACCCCAAAAUUUGGAGCCCCCCCGAGAGCCCCAACGAGGCCCCGCCCCUCCCCGUGGAGCCGCCCUCCAGUGACCACACCUACGCCAGGUGGCGCCUGGAGCCGGCCCCGCCCCUCUCAGGUGAGGAGGGGGCGGAGCCAGCGGUGCCACAGGCGGCUGGAGGGGGCGGGGCCGACGAGCGCCAGUGCACGCUGUGCCUGCAGAGCGGGGACGCACCUGCGCAGGACGAGGGGCGCCUGCUGUACAUGGGGCAGAACGAGUGGACCCACGUGAACUGCGCCCUCUGGUCGGCCGAGGUCUUCGAGGAGGGCGACGGAACUCUCCGGAACGUGCACGCCGCCGUGGCCAGGGGCCGCCAGAUG